AUGCUGGGCAGCUGGGCGCGGCCGCCUCUUCAGCGGCUGUAUGUCGGCACGCUCGCGCCGAGCUACUCCUGCCCCGAGGUGCUAGACGGCAGGGGCCCCUGCGCCGCCGGGGCGCUCUACGGCUUCAGCCGCGACAUCGUCGGCUGGGUCGUGCAGCACCUCUUGCCGACCACGGGGUCGGAGGACAUGGAGGCCUGCCUCUGGGCACGCCAGUUCGAGCGUGCGCACGCCGGCUCCGUGCCCCGCGGCGAGACCUUCCGCCUCGACCCGCGGGGCCUCCUCGAGGCGCUCUCGGGCGACAUCGACGACGCGUGGGUGCACCCCGUGAAGACGCGGUCGCUGUACCUGAAGUGCACACGGGACCGCACACACGGCUGCCGCUUGCCUUUCUUCCCGAACAGCGACGUCCCAGCCAGGGUGCGGUUCCGGCUGCCCAGCCGCAACGCGUCCCACGGCGCCGGGGCGCACCCCGCCCGUCCAGAGACCGCGCCGUGGCGAGAAACGGCGCCCGCGCUCGCCCUCGCGAAGAGCAGCGGUGGGUUGGGGAAGGGGUGUCCCUGCAUUCGCCCUUUGGGGCAUGCACUUUCCACAGGAUGCUCGCGGUGCAGAAGGCGAGGGGAACACCCUGCAACGGAGCUGCCCUCGGUCGUGGCGGCUGCUGGACUUCUUGAGCUUUCCGGGUGGACGUGGAGAGCCCGUCAGGCGAAAGCUCGGCUUUGA